ACUGGAGAAACGAGGCAUCUAACAACAUGGCUAUUUUGAAAAGCGCAUUCAAGAAUAGAAAAACACAAUCUCAUGAUCACAUUUAUGCGAAACUUUGUGAAGUGAAAGUUGAUGAUUCGUUACAAAAUGAUCUAUUAUGCAUUGGGGUAAUUGACUUUAGCUCAGAUAGAUACCAACUUUCGGGAAAUAACUAUAAAGAUCUUGUGAGAGAAAAGGCCGAUAUAAGAGAGUUAACCAAAAGUGCUAGAAUUAAAAAAUUAUAUGCCAACUUUGUAGUAGGAAGAAAUGAAUUUAGUCAGUUAUGCAAAUUUGUAUUAUUGCUAUCAGAAAUGGUAACAUAUGACCAGUGGGUUGAAGAAGAAUAUGAGAAAGAAUGUGUAGUAAGAGGAAUUAUCGACGUACUUCUACAAGAAAUAAAACUAAAUGUGCUUUAUAAGGUUACUCAUGGUUCAGAAAAUUCUCUUGUAGAAAUUAUAGCUCGAUUAAUAGACACCGCUAUGUACCGCUUGCCUGUAGGCUAUGAAAUUGAGAUUACAAGGGCUGAGCGUCAAAGUAUAGCUAGUAAAAAUCGUAAGAAAGAAAUUGUAUACCUUAAGAGUGGAAAAUGGAACUGUGAUAAUGAAAAAAUUUGUAACGAUCAUAACAAAUUAGUGCAAUUCUGUUUAGACGGAACCGAAGAGCUUUUUAAAAUUUGUGAAAAGGGUUCUCUUAAUAAAAAUUAUAUAGGAUUUAUUAUUAAUAUUGCAGUUGCAGGAGACUUAACUAGUAUUGCACCAUUAAUUGCAGAGAUUUCAAAUUAUAGUGGACAAAUUCCACCAGAUAAAUG